UGCGCAUGCGCCUCCUUCCUACACUUCUCUGUGUGUGAGAAUGGGUCGCGGUGGUAGAUAAAGAACCAAAACACACACUCUGACUCUUUAAAUCCGGUUCCGUUAAAACCGAGAUCACUUCACGAACCCUUUAAACAUCCUGAAAUCACCAGACCGGAAGUGAGGGACUCUGUGGAAACCGGUAGUUCUUCCCUAUGUAGUGGACUCAACUUGUCAUUCGCUAUAUAGGGAAUGAGUGUGCGAGUGGGAGCUUCCUUCUCCAUACGGGCUUCGGAGCUCUGAUACUCUGCGUAACAUCACUAAACUGUCCUGAUUCUUUACACCUGUUAUAAUGAAGCCGGAGUCCAGACGGCGCUCUUUAGGAAAAUCUCCACAGACUCCUGCUGCUACUGGCUCAAAGAUGUAUCAUUGCUCAGACUGUGGAGAGAGUUUUACUAAAAGUCAUCAUCUCAAAGAUCACAAGCAGAUCCACACAGGAGAGAAGCCAUAUUACUGUGGACAGUGUGGGAAGAGUUUCACUCGUCAGAGUAAUCUCCAAAUACAUGAGCGCAUUCACACAGGAGAGAAGCCGUAUUACUGUGGGCAGUGUGGGAAGAGUUUUACUUAUCAGAGUAAUCUCCAACAGCACAAACGCAUUCACACAGGAGAGAAGCCUUAUCACUGUGGACAGUGUGGGAAGAGUUUUACUUGUCAGAGUCAUCUCCAAAUACACGAGCGCAUUCACACAGGAGAAAAGCCGUAUCACUGCUCACAGUGUGGGAAGAGUUUUACUUGUCAGACUAAUCUGCAAAUACAUGAGCCCAUUCACACAGGACAGAAGCCGUAUUACUGUGGACAGUGUGGGAAGAGUUUCACUUAUCAGAGUAAUCUCCAACAGCACGAGCUCAUUCACACAGGACAGAAACCGUAUCACUGUGGACAGUGUGGGAAGAGUUUUACUCAACAGAGUCAUCUCCAACGACACCAGCGCAUUCACACAGGAGAGAAGCCGUAUCACUGCUCGCAGUGUGGGAAAUAUUUUACUCGUCAGAGUUCUCUCCAAAGACACCAGCGCAUUCAUACAGGAGAGAAGCCGUAUCAUUGUGGACAGUGUGGGAAGAGUUUUACUUGUCAGAGUGCUCUCCAACGACACCAGCGCAUUCACACAGGACAGAAGCCGUAUCACUGUGAACAGUGUAGUAAGAGUUUUACUUGUCAGAGUCAUCUCCAAAUACACCAGCGCAUUCACACAGGAGAGAAGCCGUAUCAUUGCAGACAGUGUGGGAAGAAUUUUACUGGUCAGAGUGCUCUCCAAAUACAUGAGCGGAUCCACACAGGACAGAAACCAUAUCACUGUGGCCAGUGUGGGAAGAAUUUUGCUCGUCAGAGUACUCUCCAACAGCAUGAGCGCAUUCACACAGGGCAGAAGCCAUAUCACUGUGGACAAUGUGGGAAGAGUUUUACCCAACUGUGUACUCUCCAACAACAUGAGCGAAUCCACACAGGAGAAAAACCAUAUGAAUGCUCCCAGUGUGGGAAGAGUUUUAUUCGUCAGAGUCAUCUCCAACAGCAUGAGCGCAUUCACACAGGAGAGAAGCCGUAUCACUGUGGACAGUGUGGAAAGAGUUUUACUCGACAGAGUGCUCUCCAACGACACCACCGCAUUCACCAACGUUUUCGUGACCAGAGGGCCCUCCACAGCCACCAGCAGAGUCAGGACAGAAGUCUUACCUCUGCAGACAAUGUGGGUGGAGCUAUACUUGUUCAAGUUUGUUAAGGACACACAAGUCCUCGAACAUAAAGCCAUCAGAUCUUGACUGUGAUCUGUGAAUUUGUCCAAUUAAGAUACAUGUUUUUAAUUUUCAUUUUUUAAAGGGAGGUAAGGAGACAUUCAGGCAAAAAAACUGUAUUAUAUAUACUGGACACCUUUCCUAGCCAACAGAAUAUAGUUGUGUUUACAGGCAAUUUGAAGAGAUAAUUCUUGUCCAAGUUGCUCCGUUUUUGCAGCGUCUAUUUAACUAUAGCUAACUAUACUUUAUGGCCAAAAGUAUGGGGAUGCCUGACCCCCCACCCAUAUAUGCCUUUUGAACAUCCUCUGAUGGAACGGAAUCCAAUCCAUGGUCCCUUAAGCCCAAUAUUCCUGGUGUACUUUUCAGAUUUACUGCAACUCUGACCAGGAUAAAACAGUUGCACAGUAAGAUCAAUGAAUGGUGGAUAUACAGUGAAUGGAGCUGUGAGAGAUCACACUACCACUUGAGAGAGUGCAUUGCAUUAUAUUAUUACUUUAGUAAAUCACAUGUUUAAUAAUGCAUGCUUAAUAAGUUUAUACUUUCCUUAUUACUCAAUAAAAACUCUCCAUAAUGCAAAUCAUAAAUGGGGUUUCUCAUAGUUUUACAAAUGUGAAAUAUUACAUUUAUAAAUCUUCAGAUGCUUUGCUUUCACACACAGAUAGACUCAUGCAUAUUAAUCAUCAUUCAUGUUUCUUCAACUUGAAUAAAGUUUACCUGUGGGAUAUUUUAUGAGUUUAUUAAUCAAAUUACAUUACUACCAGUUUAUUCAUCAAUAGAUUUUGAAUGAUGAUAUUAUGGGCCAGGCAAAAGUCCACCAAUAGGAUUCUAGUAUAAUGGGCUAAAUAUUUCAGAUAUCACAGAAUAAAUCAGAUGUGCUGCCUCACAGCAUUGCCAUAUUCUUAGGUUUAAUCCAGACCAAAAGAACUUAAUAGUAUUUAAAGAUGGAGACAGAGAUAAGCAACAGCAAAACACUGAUGCUGUGUUGCCAUGUUAGACAUUCAGCAAAGAUGAUCAGGAGACUGGAUUGAUCUUCACAUAAUGUCUUUAUUGUUCACUUUGAGUGUCUUUAG